AUGAAGUUUCUCGUCUUCCUCCUGGCUGCCGCCGCCCAGGCACAUUACACGUUCCCGCGCCUGGUGGUCAACGGCAAGCCGGCCGAAGACAAGGACUGGCAGGUGACGCGCAUGACCAAGAACGCGCAGAGCAAGACGGGCGUGACCAACGUGGCCAGCGCGGACAUCCGCUGCUACCAGGCGCAGACGGCGCCGCUGGUGGCGUCGGUGCCGGCGGGCGCGACGGUGCACUACGUGGCCACGCAGCAGGUCAACCACCCGGGGCCGACGCAGUACUACCUGGCCAAGGUGCCGGCGGGCGCGUCGGUCAAGACGUGGGACGGGGCGGGCGCGGUGUGGUUCAAGUUCCACACGGAGGUGCCGCUGGCGAGCGCGGGCGCGGGCGGCAGCGGGGGCGGCAACGCGUGGGCGGCGCAGAACACGUACCAGACGGCCAAUGCGACGAUCCCGGCGGCGACGCCGAGCGGCGACUACCUGCUGCGGGUGGAGCAGAUUGCGCUGCACCAGGCGCAGACGGCCGACGGCGCGCAGUUCUACCUGGCGUGCUCGCAGGUGACCAUCACCAACGGCGGCGACGGCACGCCGGGGCCGCUGGUGGCGUUCCCGGGGGCGUACAAGGCCACGGACCCGGGGAUCCUGGUGAACCUGGGCCGGGUGUCGUCGACGACGUAUGUGCCGCCGGGGCCGCCGGUGUGGCCGGCGGCAGGCGUGACGUCGUAG